AAACAAAUAAAAAUGACUCAAUCAAAAGAAGUAGCCGAAGAAUUGUUCGAAUGUUAUACAAAAACUGCUGAGAAUAUAGUUAUAUACUUUCGUUAGAAAUUUGCAGAAGAUAAAGAAAAGAUAAUAGCUGAUUUGAAAGAUGUUGUACAAAAGAACUGUGAAAUAGAUACUAAAUUAAGUAUGAUUCAAGAGAUAAAGGAUGAAAUAUUAGAGAAAUAUGGUGAUAAGAAAAUAACGGAAAAAAAUAUACCUAAAAUUAUUAAGGAUUAUGAGAAAUCUAUAUCUACAAUGAAUGUUGAUGUAUCUACAAAUAAAAGAUUACUGGAAUUUAAUAGACAAUUGGAAGCAUUAUUGAACGAUGCGAACAAAAAUCAGAAUAUUGAGGAAAGUAACAGUGACGAAGAAUUACAAUUACAAACAGAUUCUAUGAAUGUGAUAGAUCCUAUUUCAAAAAUGAGGAUAAAAGAUCCGAUUAAAAAUAUUGCAUGUGGACAUACUUAUGAUCGUCAAAAUAUUAUGGCAUUGUUAAAAGUAAAUAAAAAAACAAGGUGUCCCAUGGUUGGAUGCAAGAAUACAAAAUACAUAGAAAUCACAAAUCUUCAAACGGAUGUUGCAAUGAAAGUAUUUCUUCAAAGAAAUCCUGUUUAAUAUUGUGACAUUAAAUGAUUUUGUUCAGACAUGCUAAAAAUGUGAUUAUUUACUAAUGUAAACAAAUCACAAAAUAUUUCUAUAUAUAUUUAGAUUUAUAUAUAUUAUAUAAAUACAAUUAGUAUACCUACACAGAGAUAAAG